CACUGUUUGUCCCGUCCGGGCUGCCGUACUUGGCUUCGUUUUCGUUGUCAGUCGCUCCCGUAGUGAAGAUGGCGGAAGCUCCCGCGCGGCCCAACCGGUUCUUCUGUCACCGCUGCUCGGAAGAAAUCAGCCCGCGCCUCCCGGAUUACAUCUGUCCGCGGUGUGAGUCUGGCUUCAUUGAGGAGUUACCUGAAGAGGGAAGAGCAGAGAACGGGUCCACAUCUACAGCCUCUAAUGAUCAGAACCGUCCCGCAUUUGAGAAUGUGGACCAGCAUUUGUUUACAUUCCCACAUGGUUACGGGCAGUUUGCUCUGGGGAUCUUCGAUGAGGGCUUUGACUUCAGGGCGGGUUUGCCCAUGGAGGAUAACCGUGACGCAGAGAACCGCAGAGAACAGGAGAAUGCCUCGCGGCAACGGUACGGGGCGAGACAGCCACGAGGACGCCACAUUCCCCGAAGACAAGGGGCACGGCAUGAGGGUGUGCCAACCUUAGAGGGAAUAAUUCAGCAGUUAGUUAAUGGAAUCAUCGCUCCGACAGCUAUGCCAAACAUGGGAAUUGGGCCAUGGGGAAUGUUGCAUUCAAACCCAAUGGACUAUGCAUGGGGUGCUAAUGGAUUAGACGCCAUCAUAACACAGUUAUUAAAUCAGUUUGAAAAUACGGGUCCCCCUCCAGCAGACAAAGAGAAGAUAAAGACUCUCCCCACAGUACAGAUCACAGAUGAGCACGUGGGUGCCGGUCUGGAGUGUCCUGUUUGUAAAGAAGACUACAGCACAGGAGAGAACGUUAGACAGCUUCCCUGCAAUCAUCUCUUUCACAACGACUGUAUAGUUCCCUGGCUCGAGCAGCAUGACACGUGUCCAGUGUGCAGGAAGAGUUUGAGUGGGCAGAACACAGCCACGGAUCCACCCGGCCUAUCAGGGAUGAAUUUCUCCCCCUCGUCCUCCUCUUCGUCCUCCUCCAGCUCUCCAAACAAUGAGAACGCCACCAACAACUCGUAAGACCUCAGCGCACAUCCGGAUCACAUGAGCACAACAUCAUCUCAGCUCAAUAGUGCUGGUCUGGCCAACAAACCACACCUUUACCUUCCACUGAUAACGAGGCCGAGCGGCACUGAACUGAGAACGUGUGGAACCAGGGUUGCAGAAAACCUCUGAACCCGAACAUCACUAACAUGCAUUUGACAAGCCCUGGAACGGCGGAAACAGAGGACAACCAAAACCCAGAAGAGCAAAUACACUCUUAUAUUCCUUCUAACAGCAUUUUGUUUCUUUUUUAAAAACUGUUGAACUCAAGAACGAUCAUUCCUCAAGAAUUCAGCUGGCGGACGGCAGCGCCUGUCCGCGUGAUGUGGUUUUAAUCAGCAGAACGCACAGGAAAAGAGACGAAGAGGAGGUUGCGUGAUGCGGAUGACAGUGCCAGAUACGAAGACUCGCGGAAUUGAACUGCAUUUUACAAGCAGACUUUGUGUCUCUCAGAAGAGGGGCGCAUUAAUAAAAGAACCUUUUCUUUUUAUCAUUUGAUUUUUAUUUGACAUAUAAAAGUGGCUAAUGUGAACCUGCAUAUGAGCGAAUUCACAAAACUUGUCAAGAACGGGUCAAAUUUCACCCCAAAAUCAAAAGGAAGGAAUACAAAUUUAUAUUCAGCUUGAAGAAAAUGAAGGCAAUUUUUAAGAACAUUUAAGAUUGAUUUUUUUUUUAUGACAAUGUAGCACAUUUACACAAAUUUACAAAUUCCAUAACCGUAAAUGAAUCGUUAAAGGGAUAGUUCGAUAUUUAAAAAGGGACGCCGUUAAAGGGAUAGUUCACACAAAUCUCUGUAAUUCCUCACAAUACAAGUGAAUUGUUACCAGAACUUUGAAGCUCCAAAAAGCACAUAAAGGUAGCAUAAAAGUAAUCGUAUGGGUCCAGUUGUUAAAAACAUAUCUUCAGAAGCUAGGUAAGUGGGUGAGAAACAAAUCAAUUGUUCCCUUUUUACGUUCAAUCUUCACUUUAACUUCUUUCUUCUAAUUCUAACAUCUUUUAAUUUUUUUGUUUUUGCCGAUUCGCGUUCUCCAUGCAUAUCGCCACCAGGGCAGUUCAAAAGGACUUGCAUAUUGAUCUGGUUCUCUGCCACACCUAUCCUAUCGCUUCUGAAGAUAUCGAUUUAAACACUGGAGUCUUAUGGAUCACUUUUAUGCAGCCUUUGUGUCCUUUUUAGCGCUUCAAAUUUUUAGCAUUUUAUGGAGCUACAGAGCUGAUAUCUUUAUAUUUAGCAGAAUGGAAGAAAGUCAUACACCUGGGAUGGCAUGAGGGUGAGAAAAUGAAAGAGUUGUCAUUUUUGGGUGAACUAUUUCUUUAAUUUAUGCUUAAAUAAAUACAAUUGUAUUACAGUUUUCUAUUUCUACUGUUGUACAAUAUAAAGUACUGUAUCACAGUAACGUAUCGCCAUUGAGAACAAAGGGAAACUUAAAAGCUAAAUGCAUUAUGGUAAUUCGAUUUGUAUUUGUGUUACAAUUAAAAAUGUGCUUAGUUGUCAAACAAAGCGCUCUAAAUAGGCUUCAUUUUCUUUAUGCCAAAAAUAUUUUUUGUUGGGCUUGAUUUUGGUGAAAUAUGACUUGGACCUGUUAUAUUUAUUGAAAAACAAAUAAAAUUGCAUCAUUUUGUGUUAAGCCAACUAAUCCAAUAAUAUGUUACCGAGGAAAACACUGACUGUACUGUAGGUUUCUCUCCUCUAUAUUAAUUUGCACAGUAUUAUUUUUUUUCAUGAACAAACUGAAAAAUGUGAAUGUCUUUGGCGACAUUUGAUAUGAUUUUUUUUUUACAUCUUGUGUCAUCCUUGCAACUUUUGUCAUAGAGGAAACCCUGCAUGUUUGGACUUCUUUACAAACACCACACAAUAACACAAUCUCUCUCUUUCUUUUUUUAAUCUCUCCCGUCCACACACAUUCAGUCACUUUCAGUUCAAGGUGACUUAUUUUAACUUAUUUUAAGUUAAAUGAUUUGUUUUUGUAAAUCAUAAUAAAAUCAGAUGAAUGUACCCU